AUGCCGCUCUACACAGCAGAGGCACAGACAGCAGAGGCACAGACAGCAGACGCACACACACCAGAGGCACAGACACCAGAGGCACAGACACCAGAGGCACAGACACCAGAGGCACAGACACCAGAGGCACAGACACCAGAGGCAGACACCAGAUACACAGACACCAGAGGCACAGACACCAGAAGCACAGACACCAGAGGCACAGACACCAGAGGCAGACACCAGAUACACAGACACCAGAGGCACAGACACCAGAAGCACAGACGCCAGAGGCACAGACACCAGAGGCACAGACACAGACACCAGAGGCACAGACACCAGAGGCACAGACACCAGAGGCAGACACCAGAUACACAGACACCAGAGGCACAGACACCAGAAGCACAGACGCCAGAGGCACAGACACCAGAGGCACAGACACCAGAGGCACAGACACCAGAGGCCCUGUGUGUCUCUCUGCCCACCUGUCUCACCUCAAACAAUGGACGGGACAGAAUUUUCCAGGGUAUUAUUAUCACAGGCACAAACAAUACCACGACGCUCAGGUCGCGGCUGUCAAUCAUCCUCCAAGACCCCAUUCUGUUCAGCGGCACAAUACGAUUCAACUUGGACCCAGCGAUGAAGGCCACAGACGACAUGUUGUGGGAGGCGUUGGAGAUCGCACAGCUGAAGCCAGUGGUUAAGACACUCCCUGGAGGCCUUGACGCCACCAUCACAGAGGGAGGAGAGAACUUCAGCCAGGGCCAGAGGCAGCUCUUCUGUUUGGCUCGAGCCUUCGUCCGGAAGAGCAGCAUCCUCAUCAUGGACGAGGCCACGGCGUCCAUCGACAUGGCAACGGAGAGCAUUCUGCAGAGAGUGGUGAUGACUGCGUUUUCCGACCGGACCGUAGUAACGAUAGCACAUCGCGUCCACACCAUCCUGAACGCCGACCUGGUGAUUGUGAUGAAGCGCGGGAUCAUUCUGGAGCACGACAAACCACAGGUGCUGCUGGAGCAGGAGGAGAGUGUGUUCGCCUCCUUCGUCAGGGCAGACAAGUAG